GGGAAAGAAAAACAUUCUCAAAAAAAAAAAAAAAAAAAAAAAAUUAAAAAGAAAACAUCCCACUUGGCAGCGAGUGCGCGGGAAGUUCAGCGCGCGAGUUCCGGGCUUCCCGCCCGUCCGCAGAGGACUGCAGCCUGGGUGAGCCCUCAGUCCCCGCCUGGCCAGACCCUGUCAGUCCGUCCGUCCGUCCGUCCGUCAGUCGGUCUGUCCGCCUCCCCUUCCCCCACGCCUUCUUCCUCCGGGCGCCGCGCGGGUCGGGAGGUCAGAGGGGCCCCCUAGGUCUUCAGGACGCCCGCGGCCCGCGUCGCUCCCGGCAGCGCCUCAGCGGCGGCGCCUAUAGAACCCGGUACCGGGCAGGUUCGGGUCUCGGCAGGGCAGUAUCUCGCCGCGCGUACUCCGCGGCUGGGGCCUCUGACGCCUCCACUUGUGGAGUUCUUCCCUGAGCCGCUGUAACUUUAAACCACUCUGAGCGAGGCCUAUUUUUAUUCGGAAAUCAGCGACCAGGGCGUCUGUGGAGAAUGCUCAGAUGGAGGGCCAGCCCGCCACUUGACGUUUUCUCACAGAUCGGACGGGAAAUAACCUCUCGUCCUAAUGAUCUCUCUUUUCGAUUUCACUUCUAUUGCCACCUCCCAGGGAGAGCCAGAUUGUUUGCUGUGGGGUCUUUUUGAUGCGGGUGUUGCCUGAGCUGGAGGAGCUGUAUCUGAACCCCGCUGCUUGGCCCUUGCGUGGUGAUUCCGAGGACCCCGCACUUGAGCCAGGCCAAAGCUGUGGCCUAGUGUCCCCUCACAGGAAUUGCUCCAAGAGCUCCAGGGAACAGGCUCACAGUGGCAAGGACGAGGAGAUGAAUGUAGAAGCCAAGUACCGCAUGGCCUCCCUGUAUGUGGGUGACUUACAUGCAGAUGUCACGGAGGACCUGCUGUUCAGGAAGUUCAGCACUGUGGGGCCGGUGCUGUCCAUCCGCAUCUGCAGGGACCAGGUUACCCGCAGCUCUCUGGGCUAUGCCUACGUGAACUUCCUGCAUCUCGCUGAUGCCCAGAAGGCGCUGGACACAAUGAACUUUGACAUAAUAAAAGGCAAAUCUAUCCGUCUCAUGUGGUCUCAGCGUGAUGCCUACUUGAGGAGAUCUGGAAUUGGGAAUGUGUUCAUCAAGAAUCUGGACAAAUCUAUUGAUAACAAAACCCUUUAUGAACAUUUUUCAGCUUUUGGAAAGAUCCUUUCCUCCAAGGUGAUGAGUGAUGAUCAAGGCUCCAAGGGCUAUGCAUUUGUGCACUUCCAGAACCAGAGUGCUGCAGACAGGGCCAUUGAGGAGAUGAAUGGAAAACUGCUCCAGGGCUGCAAGGUGUUCGUCGGCAGAUUCAAAAGCCGUAAAGAUCGUGAAGCUGAACUCAGAAGCAAAGCCAGUGAAUUCACCAAUGUUUACAUCAAAAACUUUGGAGGUGACAUGGAUGACGAGAGAUUGAAGGACGUUUUCAGCAAAUAUGGCAAAACUCUGAGUGUUAAAGUGAUGACAGAUUCUAGUGGGAAAUCCAAAGGCUUUGGCUUUGUGAGUUUUGAUAGCCAUGAGGCUGCCAAGAAGGCUGUUGAAGAAAUGAAUGGAAGGGACAUAAAUGGACAGCUCAUUUUUGUAGCCCGGGCCCAGAAGAAAGUAGAGCGACAGGCUGAGUUAAAGCAAAUGUUUGAGCAGCUGAAAAAAGAACGAAUUCGUGGGUGCCAGGUGGUAAAGCUCUAUGUUAAGAAUCUUGAUGACACCAUUGAUGAUGAAAAACUACGAAACGAAUUCUCUUCAUUUGGAUCAAUUAGCAGAGUUAAGGUAAUGCAGGAAGAGGGGCAGAGCAAAGGGUUCGGCUUGAUCUGCUUCUCCUCUCCUGAGGAUGCUCUUAAAGCAAUGACUGAGAUGAAUGGCCGCAUCUUAGGCUCCAAACCUCUUAGCAUUGCCUUAGCCCAGAGACACUAGGAAAAAAAAGUACCUUCCCAACUCGUAUCUGCAGCAGGUGUGGGAAUGAUACUGAUCUCUGUCCGAACUGACCUCAGUAAACUUAAUAUUCCACAUUAUGGGUACUUAGUUUAGUAAACUUUGUGAAAAAGGUUUUUUUAAUAUACAAAGUCAUUUAUCUUCGUUUGUAGAAAAAUAAAUGAAGCUUAGUUCAUUUUCCAAAGGCACAUUUUCUGAUUUCAAUAGUAUAUAUAUUUUUCUUAUUUUGAUGUAGUGUUCAUAGCAAUAAGUAUAAAUAGAUACGUUUUUAUUACAUUUGAACCAAACGAAGAGGUAAUUGUUUGAAUGUCUUUAUUACUUUAGUAAUAUUGCUAGCUUUAAUUUUGUCUAUGAAAAUAUGCUCAAAGUAGUUAUUACACCUUAAGAUUCCAAAGUAUUUUUACCAACAGAAAUUUUCUAAUUUUUCAUUCAAGUCUUUCAUUCAAACUUUUAGAAAUUUAUAGUUCAAAUUUAGUUAAAGAUCUAAUUUCAUUUUGAAUUAAUGAUUAAAGUACUCAGAUAUAGUUGAAUUUCUUUUAAAUUUAUAUCCUGACAUGUUUGUUUUUUUCUGAUGGUUUAAAUUAAGAUGCUGGAGGUUUUUCAAUGCUGCCUUAAAACCAGCUUUAUGUGUUUUGUUAUUCUUUCCAUUAGUUGACUAUAAUUCAGGUACUUACUGGUUAAUCUAAAUUGUAACUUGCACUGUAAAACCUUAACUUCUGCAUUCCUUAAGUUAUAAAUUUGUAUCAUCUCAGGUGAUCCAAAGUUGUUGUUGUCUUAAAUCUCUUCAUAGCUAUAUAGUAUAAUAUUACAUCUUAAAUUUUACCAGAUACUAAUAUUAUGAAAAUCAUAUAUGCAGAUUAUAGAAAUUCUGUUUAUAAACUUUUAAAAUCUCUUUUAUAUUAUUUUGUGUAGUGAUAUUCUCUUAAGUUUCAGAAAAGUAAGUUCCUCUGUUUUUAUGAACUCACAUCUUUUAUUAGACUGCGGCAGCUAUGUAACCCACAAGGUUCACUUUUAGCCUCGAUUGUUCAGAAACUCACUAAUUUUCUGAUAAAUUGAAGUUACAUCACUUAUUCUGUUUUCUAGCAUAAUUUUUAGUUUAGAGCCAUUCCCCUAUUUUCCUUUCUCUCCUGCCUUUCAUCUAUAUUACUCAGCUUUUUAAAAUAAUUUUUAAAGAAUUUUUUAUAUUGGUUUUUUAAAUACGCUGCUUCAAAUCCAUUUGGAAAUUGAGGCAAGAGUUAUGUAUUUACAUUUAAAUAAUUGCUUUACAAAUUCUGAUUCAUACCAAAGGUAUCUAGCAAAUGAUUUUGUUAUUACUGUUUUCAUAUUUUUACUUGGAUUAGUCAUUUCUUAUUUCUAUUAUUCAAAUAUUCUAUUCAUAUAUUACUAAUAUUAAAUAAAUAGUAAAAUGUUUAAGGCAAUACUUCAGCUUAUGAAUGAGAAAAGCUUGUUACAUUUUAUUUUUAUGGAAAUUAUAUGUAUAUUCUUUGCACAUUUUCUAAAAUAAAAUUCUUUAAGUCAGUGAAAAAAAUAUGAACAAUAAAAGAAUUUUUAAAAGUAGCAUAUAAUUGUGUUAUGUCAACCAAUUCUCUAUUUCAAUUUGUUGCAUAUUUUUCCAAUUUUUUCAUCUCUCCACAUAUAUACAACUACGUAAUUUAAGAAAAAUAGGAUAAUAUUAUAAAUAUUGUUUGAAAUUGCUGUCUUAAUUAGACAAUAUGCCAUGGUCAACCUUAAUACUCAAAAUAAUUAUUUUCUUAUAAUCUGAGUGACUUUUAUGUUUUGUUCAAUGACUUUACCAAAAUAUAACUAAUUUCUUUUUGAUGAACUUAUAUGUUGCUAGAUUAUUUAUUCCUUUAUUCUUUCUUCCUCUAUCAUAAAUAACUUGGAGGUUAACAUUCUUGCAAACUGACAUAUGCAGAUAUAUCUAUUUUCUUAAGAAAAUGUUUAGAAAUGGAAUUAAUGGUUAAAAUAGAAUCAAUUAAAAAAAAUAAUUUUGAUAAAUAUUGCUUAAAUGCUGUCCAGAAAAUCUCUGGCACUUAUGUUGUCAUUGUAGGAGAAUGCCUACUUCCCUGUGCUCCAGGAAACAAGAGGUUUUGUUUAAGCUGUUGGUCAAUUCAAAGCAAACUAUUUCAUCAUUGCUUUAUUUCACUUUUUUAAAUUACAAAAGUUAAACAGCAUUCUGUACUUACUGUUUGUAUUUUCAUUCUUUUGAGUUAAUGUCUCAUGAUCAUAAUUAUUUUUUUGUUGGAGUGUUUUUUAUUUACAUGGAAUUUUAGAUUUCUUUGAAUAUUAUGACAACAUUUUAGACUUUUCCCCCGAUAUUUUACUUUCUUUAUAGUUUUGAAGGUUAUUCCAAAAUUAAAUGUUAAGCCGGAAAGUUUCAGUAUUUUACUUAAAUGGCUUUGAUGUCAUGUUUCAAAAUAUUUUGAACACUUUAAAUAUAUAUAUUCACACAAAUAUAUAUACACCCACACAAUUCAUUUGUAUUGUACUUAUGACUUUCAGAAUUUCAUAUUCUCAAUGAUUUUAACUAAAAUUUUCAUUCAUAAAAAGUAUUAUAUAAAACAUAGUAAAUCUUUUAAAAAUAUUAUGCUUUUCCAUAUUUAAUAGCAUAUAUUUUGAUAAAUACUUGACUCAAUUAGUCAAUGAAUUAGAGUUGGCAUAUGAGUUUCACAUAAAUUCUUAUAUUAGAUAAGUAUUUACCAAAAGAUAUAUCGGAAGCAGAGAGUUCUUAAAAAGUUUACCAGACAAGAAGACUGGAAAAUAUAUUAAGCGUGCCUGGCCUUGUCAUCUUAUUCUGGAUAAUUUAGUCCUCAUCUUAUUUUGAAAAAGCUAAUCUGUAAAACUGUUCAAAUAUUUGAACAGUAUUGAUAAUGCUUACAUAUAUUUUCAAGAUAAUAUCAGGAAACUGAGUUCUCUUACAUAUAUAAGGAGUUAAUAAUACAUUAACAUCAGAUGUGUAGGUGAAUAUAGCUAUGGCUUAAUUACACAAUAAUUGCCUUCUUAGUAGACAGUGCUUAUUUCAGCAUUUACUGUAAGAAGUGACUAAGUUUACAAAAAUAUACAAUCUGUGGAUUUCUUUAUUUAAAUUUUGUUCAUUCUCCUUUUUUUGGUGCUUUAUAAUAGCAAGUUAUCUUAGUUGAAAAUAGAGAUUCAUUCUUUAAAGACUAUUAAAUCUCUUAUGACCAAGUGCCUUAAUAAAUAAGUAGAACCUUAACUUUUCUGAUAAACAUUCCAGUAAAAGCUAAUGUAGGUAGAUAUGCCUUGAGCCACUGUUUCUACUUUCCCCUUUCUCCCAACACAUACUGCCAUAUCUGCUGUGUAGUUGCCUGCUUACAUGUACAGCCAUUUCAAGACAAGUAUUCUUUUAAAUUUCAAAUAGGAAUUUAGUUUUUAGAAAUAAAAAUUCUAAAGUGAUUUAAUGUUGUUAUUUUUAUGUUCUCAAUAUUCUUAUAUAUCCAGUGAGAAAAUGUCAAAUAAAAUCUUGAUAUUUCAAGGUGAA